AUGGGGCUUCCCGAAGACUCUGAACUACGGGAGUCGUUGACGAAAAGACCUCCCAAGGAUAUGAGGCAACUUAUGAGGCGUAUUGAGGAGUAUAAACGUCUUAAAGAUGAUGGGCUGCAAAAUAAGGGUAAAGCCCUGUUGCUUAGUCGCUUCCGGCAGGGCGUUUUUCCAACAAGACCAAAGAAUGAUUUUAGGAUGCAGGAACCAGAAGCACAGAUUGAAGGGGUGAAUGUGGUGUUCAAAGAGCCGGUAUACAAAAUUUUAAACCGGAUUAAGAACAAAUCAUUCUUCAGGUGGCCAAACAAGAUGGGGGCGACCCGUCCCGAAGGAAUCAAAAACUUGUACUGCACAUACCACAGAGAUAAAGGGCACACCACCGAGCAGUGCCGGAUAUUAAAAGAUCAUCUGGGACAACUAGUGAAGGCAGAAUAUUUGAAAGAGUUUGUAGUGGAUUUCGGUAACUGA